AUGUCCGACACGGAAAACGCAACUGCGCCGCCAUCGGAGCACGACUCAGUCCCGUCGACACAGCUGCCCGCCCAAGACCAACACCUCGCCGCCGCCAAGCUCGGCCCCGCCGGCGUCUCCUUCACCAUAUGGCCUCCCACUCAGCGCACGCGCGACGCCGUCAUCAACCGCCUAAUGGAAACCCUAUCCUCCCCCUCCGUCCUCUCCAAACGCUACGGGACAAUGCCCCCAGACGAGGCCUCCGCCGCUGCGCGCCAGAUCGAGGAUGAGGCCUUCGCCGUCGCCGCCGGAUCCUCCUCCUCCGAUAACGACGGGAUCGAGAUCCUCCAGGUUUACUCCAAGGAGAUCAGCAAACGGAUGCUCGAAACCGUUAAGUCCAAAGGCACCGCCGGCUCCACCGUCGAUAACGGCGUCGGUCAGACUCCUACCUCCGAUGUUGCUCCUACCCCCGCCGAAGAGGGCGAUCCUGCCGCUGCUGCCGAGUCGGAAACCUGA